AUGUCGAACUUUUCAUCAAACACAGCAUAUCAACUACAACUUGAUAGAUUUCUGCAUUCUCCUUCACAAAGCAACCAAUGUUCUGAUUGUAAAAAUUCUAACCCGACAUGGUGUUCUACUACUUUCAAUGUAUUUUUGUGUUCAAGGUGUGCAUCCGUUCAUAAGCAGAUAUUGAACAAAGAUCCAUAUUAUUCAAAUAUAAAAUCCAUAAAAUUAGAUAAUUGGACAGAUGAUGAAUUAUUUAACUUCAUUCACAAGCCGAACAACCUUGUCAAUAGAAAUAUAUAUACAACUUCAGAUAACUCAUACGAUAUAGAACAACUAAUCAAGAGAAAAUAUAUGGAUCCAUUACUAGAAUCAGGGUUGGCAAAAAAAAGAGCCAAUAGAAAGUAUCCUUUACUGACAAAUAGGAGAGCUAGAGAUUACGAAUUAAGUAAAUAUUCAAGACAUGUUAGAGAAAUUGAAUCAUACGAUAGAAGGUUUAACAAUGAAGAUAAUAUUAUAGAGGCUUUAUCUAUGGCUCAUGGUAAUAUUGAAAAUGCUAUUGAGAUUCUAAGAUAUAAUGAUGAAGCUGUUAAUUCUAGAUAUUAUAAUAGUGAUGAUAGAAGCCGUAGUAGCAGUAAUUCUUUAAAUUCCGAUAGAUAUAGUGGCUCAAAUUAUGGAAGUGGUCGUAUACCUAGUUUACCAAGAAGACCUGUCGAUAAUGGACCAAAGGAUGCGGUGUUUGAUGGUUCAUUCGAUGGAGCUACCACUACUACUUCUAAAGAACCGAAGGCAGCAAUAUUUGAUGGUUUGGCACCGGAAGCAUCAUCCAAUCUUCAAAUAUCUGAAUAUCAAAUACAGCAACAAGAACUAAUGAAGCAACAAAUGUUACAACAACAAAUACAGCAACAAGCAGCCCAACAGCCAUUCCAGCAAGUAAUGCCAUAUCUAGCACAGCAGUCAUCUCUACAACAAGUACAAUCGCAACAACCACAGCCAUACCAACAACUAUUUUCCCAACCUACAACUACACCACAGCAAGUAGUAUCCCAACCUAUGUCGCAAUCCGCCUUUUCUCAACUCCCAUUAGACCAGCAGCGUUUAUUAAUGCAACAACAACAACUGCAGCAACAACAACAAUUCUACCUACAACAACAACAAAUGCAAUUUCCUAAUCAAAAUGUAUAG